CCGACAAACAACAUUGCCUCUAAUCUACGGAAUGACUACAAAAUCCAUAUAUCCACACCCAAAGCAACUUGUCUAAAAGCCGAAGCAUUUUAGCCACCCUGAAAGGAAGGAUUGAAAUAAAUCGGUCUCAACUGGACCUGAUCAAACAAAAGUAUCAGCCGGCAGUGGCAUCAUAGCUCUAAGCCGACAACGGCCGCAAUUCCCUGCCAGAGAGCACAUCCAUUACCUUAGAACUCCUUCAACACGCCCUUCCUUUCCUUCUAUCCAACCCCUAGUGUUAGAUAUCCUGGCUGGAGCCAUGGCAUCCCGCAAUCGGCGGCCCAAUGCCGUGAAGGACGACGCGGAUGAAGAGCGGGGCAUUUGGAAUCAACUUCGGUCAGAUGCGAAGCGGGUAGACACGCUGAUGGCAGGUUCAAAUACUCGAUGGGAGCGGAUGGCUGAGAUUCAUAAUGAACUAAAUGCAGCGCACGGCCGAGGGGUCUCCCCCACCUCCGACCUCGAAGACGAACUCUCCUCCCUCUCCCGUGAAAACAUCCGACUCAUCGAAGAAAUCACUUCCGCCUGCGACGGCGAAACCGACGACAACAACCUCUCGAUCCUCCGCUCCCUCGAGGUCCUCGGCGCCCUCCGCGCCUCCUCCGAAGCCGACACCGCCGCCACCACCUCGACCCGCACGUCUGCCGCCGCCAGCGCGAAGAGCCAGCGGCUCGCAAAACGGAAAGAUCGGGAUCGCGAUCGGGAGAGGGGGAUGGAGCGGGAGCGGGAGCGGGAGCGGGAACGCGGGGAGAAGAGGUCGAGUAUUGAGAGUGGGACGCCGGUGGCAGAGGAGAGGGGGGAGAGUAGCGUGGCGGGGGAGUCGCCGCGAACGACGGCGAGUCCGAAGGUGGAGGUGAAGAGUAGCGUGUCGCGGUUGAUGUCGAAGGCGGGGUCGCGGAGUGGGAGCGUCGGGGCAGGGAGGGAGUCGAGCGUGAAGGCUGAGGAUGGAGACGAGAAGGAAGCACCGAAAGUUGCCGAACGCCACCCCAAGCUCACCGUCGGCACCGAAGUCCUCUACCGCGCCCCCACGGCUAAGAACCAGAAAUCCAAGCUCGUCGACCGCGACCCCUCCGAGGGCGAAGGCAUCCUCUGCAGCAUCACCUCCGUCAUUGGCGAGGGCAAGCAGCGACGCUACGAGAUCCAGGACUCGGAUCCGGACCCUCCCACGCCACCCACGCCCUACCGCGCGUCCGUCGCGCACCUGAUUCCGAUCCCGGCGAGCAAUGAUGGGCUGCGGUCGCUGUCCAUGGGAACGUCGGUGCUGGCGCUGUAUCCGAGCACGACGACGUUCUAUCGGGCGGAGGUGGUGAGGGUGAGGGAUGGAGGGGAGGUGAUGGAUGGGUGGGUGAGGUUGCGGUUUGAGGGGGAGGAUGAGGAGGAUAAGGAGGAGACGGUGGAGAGGAGGUAUGUAUUGCCAGAUGUGAAGUAG